AUGGAUCAGCAGAAAACCAUUUUCAACUAUCUCCGAUCCGUCGAUUGCUGCCGGGUGUGCUGCUUGCGGCAUCUUAAAGCCACGAAGGAAGACUUUCUCGAUGUGAAUGCUGCGUUGGCGAAGCGUAAUCUGGAACCACAGGAAACGACCACUGAUGAGCCGAGAGUGAAAAAGGCGAAGCCAAAUCUGUGCAUCACUUGUCUGGGACUGUUCGAGUCGCUCGAUUCCCUGGUGGCCGAAGUAAAGCAAAGUGAGGCCUUCCAUCGCUUUCGCGUUGAGGCCGGAUUUCUGAUCUCAAUAUCGCUACCGAUCGUGCUACAACUUCGCCAGCUGGCACUGUGGUUCGAUCUGUACGCUCGCUUCCCGGACACGUUCCGCAAGGACACGCCGCCCGAUUUCGCCAUUAAGGAUGCCCUGAAGAUCAUCAUUAUUGAUCAGCUUGAACGAACGCUCGGCAGACCAUUCUCGGUGGACGGUGUAAUGAUAACCGUUCCGUACAGCUACGAGCUAGAGCAGAAGGAGCUGGCCACACUGGAGCUUAUUCAGCCAGAAGUUUUUGCCAAGCGAAAACGGCACAAACAUUGCAAGCGAGAUUUCAUCACCCGGAACGCUUUCGAAAAGUUCUUUCACCCGGACGUGAUCGAUGGGGAAUUGUUUGGCAAUCACUACCCUGUGCCACCGGUGGUGGUGCAGAACGAGGGGCUGGUUCGUGGUCCGGUCUCGUUUACCGGUCCCACCAUUUUCCUUGCCGGAAGGUACAACAAGGUAUCGCGUGAACUCAGCCAAACUCCGUGGAUCAUCGACGGCAAGCGGAUGAUGGAGGGCAGCGUACAGGAAACGAUCGGGGCACCCAUCGCACCACACUUUGGCGUACCGCUGGAGCAGCUAAUAUUUUCCGCCAGCGGCCGCGAGGAUGUCGAUGUGCGCUGCCUCGGCGAAGGACGUCCGUUUGUGAUGGAGAUACCGAACGCGGUGUGCGAUCAGUUGCCCGAAGAUGUUGCCGUCGCCAUGGAGCGAUCCGUGGACGAGUCGAAGAAUGUCUCGAUCAAGGACCUGCAGCUGGUAAAGCGUGAAGAUCUCGGUCACAUUCGUGGUACCGAGCUAGAUAAGAGGAAGUUUUAUAGUGCCCUUUGCGUAACGGCGGAACCGGUUACGAAAGAAAUGAUCAGCAAACUGCGCACCGCAGAACCGUUUGUUAUAGAGCAGGUGACGCCGCUACGGGUACUACAUCGGCGGCCACUUCUGAAGCGGCAGAGGACGAUAUACAGCAUGCGGGCACAGGCCUGCCGGGACAAUCCGCACGCCAUGGUGAUCGAUAUCGUGACGGAGGCGGGCACCUACAUCAAGGAGCUAGUCCAUGGCGAUUUCGGACGGACGCAGCCAAAUUUAUGUAAGAUGAUCGGUAUGCCGAUCGACAUCCAAGCGCUCGACGUGAUGGCAAUCGAUCUCGAUUGGCCCAAACGAUUGAGACGGUAA